AUGCAGGAUCUGGUUCGCCAAUGGAAAGACAAACCACUACAUGGUCGGUAUAGGAGCCGCAUAGAAGACAACGCCAUUGACACGAAGGCUUCCCAAGGAUGGUUGCAGUCAGGUAAUCUGUUCCUGGAGACGGAGGGCUUCAUAGCCUCCAUCCAGGAUCAGUACAAUAUGCAAAACAUAAAGCAAUGGAAUUGCAAUGGUUGUGUGUCUCAUGUGAAUGAACUUCGUGUGAUGGUUAGGGAGAACGAUCCUUUCUGUAUUGCAUUACAGGAAACCUACUUCCGUCCAGAGACAUCUUUCUCUCUUAGAAACUACAAUACUUACCGCAAGGAUGUCAUACCAGACCGCAGAGCACGAGGUGGUGUGGCCUUACUCGUAAAGCAGAAUAUCAUAGCGCAGGAACAGAGACUGGAUACGGAACUUCAAGCUGUCGCAGUUCGCAUCACAACGCCAUUUGCUGCUACAUUACAUAUUAAUCUGAGUAUAUUGGAAAGCGAUAACGAACAUACAAAUCGUCCAACGUAUACACGUCCAGCCAGAAUCCGUAGCCUUGAAUUCCAACAAGCGAACAACAUAUCAAUAAGGGAUGUGCUGCAGAGAGCCCCAUACGACACUCCACCUUGGACUAGGUCAAAGCCACAUAUUGAUAUUCGCCUUUCUGUAUUUCUUAAAAAUGAGACAGCACCCCAGGUGUAUCUCGCUCGUUUCAAACAAAUUACAGAUCACCUCCACGAUCAUCUCUUCAUAUACUCGGAUGGAUCUAAGAGCAGUACCGGAGUGGGAGCAUCAAUAGUAGUUAACAGUGUUUGCCACAUGUGGAGCCUGGAUCCGAUUUCAAGUAUUUUCACUGCAGAAUGUUAUGCCACCUGGCAGGCACUUCUAUUCUUUGCAUUGUCAUCUAGCUUAGCGUGUUCGAUAGUAUCAGACUCUCUGAGUGUGAUCAGCUCCAUAGGAAAUAACUUCACCAAGGAUGAAAGAAUAAGUCGAAUCUUGAACUUAACCAGCUCACUAGAAAAUGACCAUAAAAAAGUCCGUUUCAUAUGGGUACCUAGUCAUGUGAAUAUUAUCGGCAAUGAAUUGGCUGAUGCAGCGGCAAAGCAAGCAGCCACCAUGCCACCGGAUGAAGGCAUUCCUACUCCGCUAUCUGACUAUGUAAAACACUUAAAAGACACUACAAAACAAGCAUGGCAGCACAAAUGGGACCUAUAUGACGGACACAUGAGAUCCGUUCAGACAAGUAUCGAAAAAUGGACUUAUCCGAAGCAACUGAAUCGUCGGCAGCAGACAGUCUUAUGCCGACUACGAAUUGGCCAUUGUAAGUUGACCCAUGCGUACCUGUUGGCCGGCGAUCACAGACCACAAUGUCUAGCAUGUCAAACAGACCUCACUGUUCAACACAUUCUGGUGGAAUGUCGACUCUACAGUGAUCUCCGCAGGGAACUACAGAUGUCUUCCAAUAUACAAACCCUGCUCAAAACGGAAUGGCCAAAAGUUAUGGAUUUCCUGCUGCGCUCGGAUACAUACACCAAGAUAUAG